CCUUCCCCCCGAACACCGGGGCUCGUCCCGAGGGGCGAGCACCCCGGGCGACCUGCCGUCACAUCCGGGGCUUGCGACGGGCGGAGCUGAGGAGCCGGUGCGGGCCGCGUCUACACCCGCGGGCCGGGUCAGGGUCAGCAAGGGAGCGGCCGGGCUCAGGCAGGCUGGGCCCAGCAGGGUCCAGGAGGAACUUGUCCGGCCUGAGAGGUUGGCUGCUGUCCGAGAGGAAACCUGCCCGGUGGGGGCUAAUGAUGGGGUGCAGGCGACACUGUAAUUAGGACUGCGUGCAGGGAUGAGGCGCUGGCGCUUCGCUCCCCAGCUCCCCGUGAUCCAAAGCGUCGGUUCUGCCUGGGCGCCCGGUAGAGGCACUCGGGACCCCUAGUUACGACGCUGCUCGCCUUUGUUGUAGCGUUCAGCCAGGAUGGAGCGUAGCCCCUUGAGGGAUGAAGCCCUGCCCAUUGGAAAAAUCGUACAUUGGAGGAUCCAGACCUUUAAUGUGGAUACACCAUGCCAGACCGUGGAAGAUUUAACGAAUGGGGUUGUGAUGUCCCAGGUUCUUCAAAAGAUAGAUCCUGCAUAUUUCGAUGAUAAUUGGCUAAACAGAAUCAAAACUGAAGUGGGAGACAACUGGAGAUUAAAGAUUAGUAACUUAAAGAAAAUUUUAAAAGGAAUCUUGGAUUACAAUCAUGAGAUUUUAGGACAGCAGAUUAAUGAUUUUACCCUUCCUGAUGUGAACCUUAUUGGGGAGCAUUCUGAUGCAGCAGAGCUCGGAAGGAUGCUCCAGCUCAUUCUAGGCUGUGCUGUGAACUGUGAACAGAAGCAAGAGUACAUUCAAGCCAUUAUGAUGAUGGAGGAGUCUGUUCAGCAUGUCGUCAUGACAGCCAUUCAAGAGCUAAUGAGUAAAGAGUCCCCUGUCUCUGCUGGGAAUGAUGCCUAUGUUGAUCUGGAUCGCCAGUUGAAGAAAACUACAGAGGAACUAAACGAAGCUUUGUCAGCAAAGGAAGAAAUUGCUCAAAGAUGCCAUGAAUUGGAUAUGCAGGUUGCAGCACUGCAAGAGGAGAAGAGUAGUUUACUGGCGGAAAAUCAGAUCCUGAUGGAGCGACUCAAUCAGUCUGAUUCUAUAGAAGAUCCCAACAGUCCAGCAGGAAGAAGACACCUGCAACUUCAGACUCAGUUAGAGCAGCUGCAAGAGGAGACGUUCAGACUAGAAGCAGCGAAAGAUGAUUAUCGAAUACGCUGUGAGGAGUUAGAAAAGGAAAUCUCGGAGCUUCGGCAGCAGAACGAUGAACUAACCACCUUGGCAGAUGAAGCUCAGUCUCUAAAGGAUGAAAUAGACGUUCUCAGACACUCUUCUGAUAAAGUCUCUAAACUAGAAGGUCAAGUUGAAUCUUAUAAAAAGAAGCUGGAAGACCUUGGGGAUUUGAGGCGGCAAGUUAAACUCUUAGAAGAAAAGAAUACUAUGUACAUGCAGAACACUGUCAGUCUGGAGGAAGAAUUAAGAAAGGCUAAUGCAGCCCGAGGUCAGCUUGAGACAUACAAGAGACAGGUUGUAGAGCUGCAAAAUAGAUUAUCUGAUGAAUCAAAGAAAGCAGAUAAAUUAGAUUUUGAAUAUAAGCGACUAAAAGAAAAAGUUGAUGGUCUUCAGAAAGAGAAAGAUAGGUUAAGAACAGAAAGGGAUUCUCUGAAGGAAACCAUUGAAGAGCUCCGUUGUGUCCAGGCUCAGGAGGGGCAGCUCACCACUCAAGGGUUAAUGCCUCUGGGAAGCCAGGAAUCUUCAGACAGCCUCGCAGCAGAGAUUAUUACACCUGAAAUCAGGGAGAAACUUAUUCGUCUUCAGCAUGAGAAUAAGAUGUUAAAAAUCAGUCAAGAGGGUUCAGACAAUGAGAAAAUUGCCUUAUUGCAGAGCCUUCUAGAUGAUGCAAACCUGCGCAAGAAUGAGCUGGAGACGGAGAACAGGCUGGUGAAUCAAAGACUUCUAGAAGUACAGUCACAAGUAGAAGAACUGCAGAAAUCUUUGCAGGAUCAAGGCUCAAAAGCAGAAGAUGCUAUUUCAAUUCUUCUGAAAAAGAAGCUUGAAGAACAUCUAGAGAAGCUGCAUGAAGCCAACAAUGAAUUACAGAAAAAGAGGGCCAUUAUUGAAGACCUUGAGCCAAGAUUUAACAACAGCUCCUUAAGAAUUGAAGAAUUGCAAGAAGCUUUACGGAAGAAGGAAGAAGAAAUGAAGCAGAUGGAAGAGCGCUAUAAGAAGUACUUAGAGAAAGCCAAAAGUGUUAUUCGUACGUUAGACCCUAAACAGAAUCAAGGAGCAGCACCAGAAAUACAAGCUCUUAAAAACCAACUGCAGGAACGGGAUCGACUGUUCCACUCGUUAGAGAAAGAAUAUGAGAAAACGAAGAGUCAAAGAGACAUGGAGGAGAAAUACAUUGUCAGUGCCUGGUACAAUAUGGGAAUGACUCUACAUAAAAAGGCGGCUGAAGACAGACUAGCUAGCACAGGUUCAGGGCAGUCAUUUCUAGCGAGGCAAAGACAAGCGACCAGCACAAGAAGACCCUACCCAGGCCAUGUCCAGCCAGCCACGGCAAGGUAGAGAGCUCUCGCCAUGAGGGGUUCUUAAAGAACAUGCUUCUGUUACAGAUAACAACAUUUCAGGAAAUUCAGCCAGCUUAUUUUAUUUCUACUUGUGUUAAGAUUUAGUGUUUCUCACAUGAGGAUUUUCUCUUAUAUCUUUCAGUUUCUUUGUCCUUUGUUUUAUGGUCUUUUCAGUUCCUUUUAAUGUGCCAAAAAUUUGUAAAUGUUCAAUUAAAAAUGUUGUAUAAUAGUGUAAUACUUUUCUUUGUAUGAAAAUGUCUUCUUCCCAUUUGUGUGGGCUUUGUAAAGAAUCAGAUUUUCUGCCAAUAAUUGAUACACAAUUUAUAUUCUUUAUCGUGCCUACUGUGUUACCAUACUUUCUAAGACUGUCUUUGUUUAAAGGGAAUUAAUCUUUUUAUGGUGUGGUAAUCUGUGCUUUCAAUUGUUUUUCAAAUGCACUUCAGAUCAUUUAGAUAUUUACUGUACUAUAUGAAGUGCUGUCGAGGGCACUUUUGCAAAGAAGGACAUUGGCAGAGGCACUGGUCCGAUCACAUGGCACCUGGCAGGAUCCCUCAGAGAGAAGAAAGGAGUUUUCAUGUUACCUUGCUAGAAAUUAAACUUACUCUAAGACUUCAUUUUCAAACCAUGAAUGUGUGAAAUGUCACUAUUUCCUGCUCUCAUGCUUGCUGGCAGAAGUGAAAUUGAUGAAGAUGUUUGGGUAGACAUUACGGAGGAUAAAAUUUGGCAGGAUUUUUUUCUUCCUUUGGAAUAUCUUCAUAGUUGAGAAUCAGAUUCUACCCACGCACUUUUAAUUGCUCUCUACAUGUAAAAGAUUUAUUUUUCAUAUAGGUAGCCUUAUCUUUGGGGCAGUUCUUUGACUUGUGCCUCAUAUGUUUUAUAUAUUCUGUGAGCCUUUCCUUUUCUCAAUUAAUCUUGAUAGCUAACAUCUUAAUACCAUUCAUUAAGAUCAGUACAUGCCUUUCUGUGUGUAAUAUUAUGACAGAUCUCUUUACAGUGUUUAACUCUACCUACGAGUCCAAGAAUUGGUUAACUGGAGAGAUUUUCUUGGGUAUUUGGUUGUUCAAACUGCUUACGUUGUAUGCCACAUUUAUUUACAUAGAUGAAUGUCUGUGAAGCAAUCACUGGGAAGCACUUUGUCUAUAUAAGGUAUUAUAUCGUUUUAAACUAUCAUUUAUUUGCAAAUAAUAUACCUUUUGUCUUUUUCCAUAUUGAUUUAUGUAUUUGAUCUCAAAUUAUAUUUAAGUUUCCUCCAGCCUUUUUCUUGUUUCAAAUCAUCACAUUUAAAAAAAGAAAAAGAAAUCUGAAAUGAGGUCAGAGCUUAUUUGUUGUCUUUAGGUAAGUCAUCUACGUGGAAGAUGUAUUUGAUGUACUUACUGUUUAGAAGUGCUGGUGCUGUUUAGUUCUGUAUAAAAGGCAGUAACUUUAAUUCAAGUUGAAUGAGAUUAAGAAUUUUCAGAAACUAUAUGCAAGUGCUUCAUUUUAACUCCUCUCUUUUAUAAGAAAAUUGACCUAGAAAUUUGUCCUGCAUGUUUUGUUUUGUUUUGUUUUGUUUUGUCAGACGGAGUCUUUAUGUAACCCAGGCUGCCUUGAACACAUGAUCCUCUUGGAUUAUAGGCGUGAACCACCAUACUCAGCUCUUAGAAUGUUUUUUCCCUCAGAGAAACGAUUCUUGAAGAAAGGUAUUAGAACAUAAAGAAAUGACAGCAUGCGCUAUGCAGCAUUUCUUUAAAAAAUACCCUCUGACCAGUGUCUGAGCACAGCAGGAGGCAUCUGCUUAGGAAGACCGCAAAGCAGCGAGAAUUAGAAGCAGUGGAGAGCUGUGUGAGGGCAAUGCACUGUGGGGUUUCAGGGCAAACAGACCCCAUCUUUUAGGUCUGCUUUUGUUUUAAGUUCAAGACAAUCUAGCCUUGUUACCCAGACCUGCCUCAAAUCCUUUGACUCAAAACCAUCCUCCUGCCUCUGCCUUCCAAGAGGCUGAGAUUAUGGUGUGUGUGCUGCCACGCCUACAUGAUGUCUCAAGUUUGAAAAUAAAAGAUUAAAAAUUGGAGCCAGCAAAAUGGCUCAGCUGGAAAAGAGUACUUGCUGCCAAGGCUGAGGACCUCUGCUCAUGGCAUUCCUGGGGCCCAGAUGGUGAGGGAACAAGCCCCUCCCCAGGAGGUCCUCUGACCUCCACACUCACACAGGCAAAUAAAUAUGUUUUAAAAGAUUAAAAAGAGCUUAAAAUAGGUCUCACUCCACCUUUAGUUCACAGAAUAUAUAAGAAUUUCUAAGGACAUUUUUUUAAAACAAGUUAGUCUAUGAUCCCUACACUUAAUAAAAUACUGGUUGUUGAGAUGUUAUACUUGUAGAAUGAAGUGACUGUGAAAACAAGAGACUCUGGAAGCUGCUCUUCAACCAGAUUUUACCCAUGAGGUAAAAACCUUGCAAUGUUUUGAUUUUCAUUUUCUAUUUACCUGCCCUCUGUGUGCAUACCCCCCUACCCACAUUCUUUCUCUACAUGUUUAGGAAAUGCCGCAAGCUUUCGGAAGGAAGUUUAGCUUCUGGCUUUCUUCAGCGUUGCUGUGUGUUAAUUUCAGUGUUUAUAACCCUCACUGUUGUUUGCUGUAUCUUUAAUGUUUGGUGGAUUUCAUUCAGUAAAUGGAAGAAAUAGCUCAUGAUAUUUCCUAAUAAAAUAAAGCAUGCUUUCAUUUUCAAAACAG